GCAUUUCGAACUACAAGUGAGAUAUAAAAGAACACCCUUUCCCACCACCCUGUCAAUAGAUCCAACCAUUCCAAACAUUACAGAACUCCAUUUCGAUCAAAUUUCAUAAUAAGAUUAAGGCUGUACAGCAACGUCAUAUCUCUAUCAAAAUGCCCUACUAUUACUCUUAUCCAUACCCUAUCCACCUCUAUCCGCAUUACGUCCCCAUAGCACCUGUCUACCCAACCACAACAGUAACUACAGUCUCCGCCCCAGUAAUCCAACAAACGCCAGGGUUUAAUCCACUUCACGGACAAGAUCCCGGUCCUGCACCUCCUGGCAUAGGAAAUCGUGUUGCAGGUUAUGUUACUGGUUUGGCGGCAAUAGGUCCUCCGAUACUGGGUGUUGCACCAAUAGCGGUACCUCAACCGCAUACUCCGGAUCCGUGUGCAAAUUGUCCGAAUCAAAAUGCGAAUACUACUACAGCGGAUGCAACUGCUAGUCCACCUACUCCAACUCCUGAGCCCAAACCUCCCGCCACCAAACAGAAAUCCAUUCUCAAACCAACACCAAUUCCUGCUCCCAAUCCAGAAUCUUCAUCUUCUUCACCUCCUCCAUCUCCCAAAAAGUCUGAGUCUAAAUCCAAACUCGAACCCCCGCUCAGUAUCCUUACUCAUGCAAAUACAAAUCAAAAUGCAAACCCGAAUCCGAAGCCAGGAUGCUGACAAUCAUUGAAGAAGGAUUGUCUUCCUCUUGGGAAGAGGUCCAGUGAGAGUUUCUUAGUGCCGUCGGGGAACAGGGUCAAAUUUUGGGGGGAUAGUGAGCGAUAGUCAGCGAGGAAAGAUUAUGCUUCUUAUCUUUUAUAUCAUAUAGCGAGUCGUUGAUCGUUCGAGAGUAUAAUAGUCAUAGAGGAGCACGGCAAGUGCGCGGAGUCUGUAAUAAGCUUUUUGCAAAGAAGGGAUAGCUCAAUG